AUGCCCAUCAGUAUACAUGUCAAUGGGACAGCCCCCGUCAGCCGUCGAGAAAAACUCUACCAAGAGCUCAUUCACCGCAAAGUCGUUCUGACCGAUUUUCAACACUUGCCCACUGUAAUUUACGACUGGCAAACAGCCGAAGGACCCUACUUUCCAAACAUAUACCAAGGACUCGGCGAGGGAGAAUCCGACGGGGCUCCCAAAAACCUCAUGGAAAUGAGAAUCGAACGACAUAGACAUCUCAUGGCGUCGAAUUCGGCAAUGCCACUCAUAGCCCCAUAUGAAGUAUGCCACCCCGGAGAUCUUGUAUACAAUGUGCGCUAUACCAUAUCCGCGGCUCUUGAAUGUUUAAAUCCGGACGGAACGAAGAUUGAACCGCGAUUACUUCAUGGACCGGAUGCACAUAAUGUUAUUAUUCGAACUACGUAUUCGACGCCUCCGCGUACAGCGAUACAUAAUAUUCCGCAUAUGGAACCGGGGGGUUUGUAUUCGUGGGAUAAUAUUAGUAUUAAAGCGGUGCAAAAGAUGUUGUAUGCGCAUGGGAUGAUGUUGUUUGGGGCGGAUGGGAAGAGGAGGACGGUUCCGUUGGAGGAUGAGGUUGUGAGGGAAUUGAUGGGAGAUGUGGAGGAGUGUGUGAGGGGGGGCGUGGGGGAUACGUGGAGAUUGGGGGAUAAUACUAUUGGGUGUGCGGAGGAGGAAGAUAAGUUAGAUACGGAGUACCGUUUUCGAUCGAGAUGA